AUGUGGCCCAUCGGCACCUCUUUCAAAAUCACCGGCGAUCCGCUACGCCAAAAUUUCAACACCAACGAGACGGAGAUGUGGAGCGAGCUGCAGCUCUCGCAAUGCAGCGAUCGCGCCGAGGCGACCAUCGGAUUUGUCGAACCACUUCCCGGCGUGAAUUGUACCUAUCUACGAGGGCAAACUGUUAAUUUACAGCAAAAAGCGAUCGAAAUGCCGGCGUGGUACGUGAUCUGCUACAAGAAGAAAGAGUGCUCGAGUUGCAGGGUAGAUGUGAUUUGCGCGAAUGACCUGUCGGCGGCCUGUUCAAAUAUCUCCCUGAUCGGCUCGGCGACGACGUCUACGAAUUCCUCGUUGAAAUAUUGGUAUACGGUGGGCCCAAAAUACCCGUUCGCCGCUAGCAGUAGCGUUCGAGUAUCCGUUAUCCGGCAACGAUCGAUGGAGGUCAUUCGAAGCGAGACCAGGAAAGCGCGGCUGGGCCAUAAAGAACAUCUCCUAUUCGAUGGUCUACUGCCAGCCGAGUGGUACAUUGUCCGCCGAUGUCUCAUCAUUGACCUCCCCGCCUCGCUGACCACAAACCCAGAAUUCGCCUUCGAGGAUGGCCCAAAUAAGAUCUGCGUCGAGGAGGCUUAUCGGACAGCUUCGAGCGCAAAUUCCCACAAAAAGGAGGAGAAGACAACGAAGAAAUUGGGACGAGAAUUCGGUACA